AUGGUCGAGAAGAACUCUCAAAGAAACAAUAGCCGAGUAUUAGAAGUAGAACAGCAUACUGCUUGUGCUUCGCAUGGACCACGGCGGGACCGAUUAGUGGGACACUCGGGUUUGGAUGUCGUGAAGGAGAACCACGAUGAAACUACUGACGAAACCAGGCAAACGUCUAUGACGUCAACUGCACUAUUACACGCACAUAUCAAUCAAAAGCAACAAGGUCAAUGUGUAGGAGCAAGUAAUGAGC